CGCUGGACUGAGAAAUCUAGCCAAUCCAAACGACCCCCUCCAGAGUUGCUCUCCAUCGGGAUGUGUUUUAAUACGCGUUGAUGGACUUUAAUAAAUUUGCGACUACUGUGAAUCCCCUUAACGGCUGCUUGAAGUAUUUGUCGUGCGCCAUUCCAAUGAACGCUGCGCCAAGAGCAGCGCUGCGUAAAGCCAAGCAGCCUGUGUGGACACCAGUCGAUACUCGGCGGCGUUUGUAAGCGUGAAAGAAGAGGUGUGAAUGUGAGCGGGUCCCGGAACGCUGUCUGGAAUGAAAAGGCUUCUUCAGUGAGACGGCAAAGUUGAAAGAAAAGUUCAGAGAAAGAGAAGACGUUGUGAUCUCCGCGUGAACGCACGCUUUCUGCAAAAAAACAUCGCUUUCAGUCGUCCUUUUUGGGUGCGAAAUUCGAAUGAAUUCAAAAGAGAAGAAUCAGUCAAAGGCGUGUGAAAAUCUUUCUGCAACUACUCUUGGUUGUAAAUAACUUGUUGAAUGGACAGCUCGUCCCAGGAGCGCAUUUAAAUGAUGCUGCAGGAGAUCAGGCCAAGACAUCUGACAGCCACUGACUUAUGAGAGGUGUCAGUCCUCUCUGCACAUCACAUCUGACCGUUAGUUGACCCUUUCAUCAACACUCAGCACUCGCGAAGAAGCCCGCUUGUCGAUACACCUCAUCAGCCAGGCACAAGUGGCAGCAACCACAGACGAAACACCUUAAAUGGGGGCUAAUCGUUGCCAGAAGCUACUCACAUAAAGGUAGCGACAUGCUGCCAUAGUUCCCAAAUGCUCCACUGCGCCAUUGAAAGCUGCAGUUCAUUUAGAAAAUUCUCAGCAAUAUUGUCAUUUCUGUGACAAAGCAGCAGCUGUAAAGACAAAACGAAGCUCGACAGAAAACAUACAGAAUGAGAUCAGCGAUGCUUUGGCCUGUGUUGUUCACUCUUCAAGCUGUGUGCACCAGCGUGGCACACGCAAUGCAACAUUACCCGGCGGCCUGGGGACACUAUGACGUGUGCAAGUCCCAGAUCUAUACAGAGGAGGGCCUGGCAUGGGACUACAUGGCCUGUCAGCCAGAAGCCACCGAUAUGACAAAGUACCUGCGAGUGGCCCUCGACCCCCCAAAUAUCACGUGUGGAGAUCCGCCAGAAACAUACUGCGCUUUGGAGAAUCCCUAUAUGUGCAACAAUGAAUGUGACGCUGCUACUGAGGAGCUGGCACAUCCUCCAGAACUGAUGUUCGACUUUGAGGGUCGCAACCCCACAACUUUUUGGCAAUCCACCUCAUGGAAGAAAUACCCAAAGCCCCUUCAGGUUAACAUCACACUGUCAUGGAACAAAACCAUUGAGCUGACCGACGACAUCAUUCUGACCUUUGAGUCAGGCCGACCAGAGCAGAUGGUCCUGGAAAAGUCACUUGACUACGGUCGGACCUGGACCCCGUACCAGUUCUAUGCCACCGACUGCCUGGACGCUUUCACCAUGGAGCCCAAAACAGUGAACGACCUCACCCAACGCACUCUGCUGGAUAUCAUCUGCACUGAGGACUACUCCCGAGGCUACGUGUGGAAGAAUGACAAGACGGUGCGUUUUGAGAUAAAGGACCGCUUUGCCCUCUUUGCUGGGCCUCGGCUGCACAACAUGGCCUCGCUGUAUGGCCAGCUGGAUACCACCAAGAACCUGAGGGACUUCUUCACCAUCACUGAUCUGAGGAUUAGGCUGCUGAAGCCAGCCACCGGAGCCACCAUGGUCGAUGAGAAUAACCUGUCCAGAUACUUCUAUGCCAUCUCUGACGUCAAGGUGCAGGGCAGGUGCAAGUGCAACCUGCAUGCCAACAGCUGUGUGUUUGACAAGGGGAAGCUAGGCUGUGAGUGUGAACACAACACCACAGGGUCAGACUGCAGCCGCUGUAAGAAGCACUACCAUGGAAGAGCCUGGAGUGUGGGCUCCUACCUCCCUAUACCCAAAGGAACGGCAAAUAUAUGUAUUCCCAGUAACCAUGGACCAGUGCAUCGAGCAAAUGCUUCAUCUCUUGGUGUUGCAAAUCGUAACCAAGCUCGAGUGUGUGACAACGCGAUGCUGCGCUGUCAGAAUGGUGGCACGUGCCACCACCAUCAGCGGUGCCAUUGUCCCCCCGGCUUCACGGGUGUCCUGUGCGAGAGAGCUCGCUGCCAGGGCCCUGGGGAGUGUGAUGACCAACUGUCUGGACAGGCCUCCUUCAGUCACCCCCCCACUGGCCACCAGCUCGCGCUUACCCUUGUCGUGCUCCUGCUAUCGAUUGUUUCCCUUUGCUGAGAGACCUGGACGGCCUCCCAUCCUCCACCAAAACCCUAAGACCACACAUGUUGAGACAGGACUCUCAACAUCAAGGACAUGAAGAACAGAGGAUGUCUGGACAGUGUGCUAAUAAUACAAUAUAAGCAACUCUUUUCUAUCUCCAAGGACACAGUGGUGGGUGAAGGUGUUACUAGUGCAACAGGUUGUGCGCUGAUCUGUUAUACUGAAUACUAGAUGGAUCAAUGAAAGGCUUGCUGAAGUCACUGCUGUCUUCACACAGAGGAAACAGUUGGAGCCCACACUGUGUGAUUAUGUCAGUGGCUGACACUUCAUCAAAACGCAGGCUGGAGACUCCGAUAGAGCUACCCAGAUUCUGAGAGCAAAAUGUAUAAAACUAAACAUAUGGUUUCUAAUUAUCAUCAGAAAUUAUUAAAAUGAGAAAAAAAAUAUGUGGACAGGGACAUUUUAAAACUUCUUGCCUCACUGCCUCCUUCCUUACUUCUUACCCCCCACACCCCCCCACCCCAAACUCUUCCCUUUUCCUCUCACUUUCACCUCCCUGUGCUUUGGUGACUCUAGUGAUUUUACUUUGCUGAAGGGUGUCUGUUAUUUUGCCAAAUGCUGCACAUGUAUUAUUAUCCAGCCCCUUGACAAAUACCAAUCUAGUACUUUUACAUUUUCUUUUUCAGAGGCUUUGUAGUCAUGCUUGAGCCCACCUGUAUGGAAAAAAAAAAAGUUGUAACAUACUGUAACUGUAUUUAAUUUUUGUAUAAAACAGAUAUUUUCAUGACUAUGCUAAACAAAAAGAUGUAUUACUUGUUUUCUAUUGCUGCCGACCUGUCCUAGUUGUGGACUAUGAGUAUGUAAGGAGUUUGGUUGUAUUAUUUCUUUGCUUGUGUGGCACAUGGUUCUCUUCAUUUGAGAGCGGCUGUCAAAACUAUGUUUACAUACACACUUACACAAUACACUUCCACCAAAGGGAAAAAGAAAAACAUGUCUUUGUCUUGUUGUUGAACAGUAGUAAGUUUUAUUAAGUAGUAAUAUGACAUUUGAGAUGAGAUGUGUAGAGUGUAUUAAGUGUAUUGUUUGUAGAUCGGCACAAGCCAAUGACAAUAGCUGAAUGUCAUUUUCAAGGUUUUUUUUUCUUUUUAAAACAAAAAGAAAAAAAAAAAAGCUAUCAAUACCAAUCAUU